AUGUUCUCCAACCGCAUCCAGCGAGCAUGUGAGAGUAACUCGUUUCUUCUCAACGCACUUGAAGCGCUGAGAAUAAAUGCGUAUCAUAUUGAAGACAAUCCUAAUGGAAUCAUUAAUCUUGGAAUAUCAGAAAACAAACUUAUAUAUGACGUCGUUCGAGAGAAAAUCUCUACCGUAGAUAUGAAACACAUUCCGGAAAAAUAUUCUCACUAUUGCAAUUUUUGUGGCAAUGAUGAAUUUCGUGACAAGUUGGCAAGCAUGUUCAAUCAUUACAUGAAACCCAAGUUAGCAAUCAAACGAGAGAAUGUAUUUGUUUUUAAUGGCAGUGACCCAGCUAUUGAAUGUUUAGGGUCUGCAUUCUGUGACGAGAAUGACGGGUUUUUAACGCCGACGCCGUAUUAUUAUGCUUUCAAGAGCGAUCUUCGUCAAAGAACUGGUGCCGUCAUUUAUCCAAUUCAUCUGCCAAGCAAAAGCGGUGAAAGUGGUUCAUAUAAAAUGACAACACCAGAUUUGGAGAUCGCCUUACAAGAAGCAAAACAAAAAGGAGUGGCCAUCAAAGCCUUGUUGAUAUCAAAUCCAUACAAUCCAUUGGGAACAAUAUUCUCUUUGGCAGAAUUAGAAGAGUAUGCCGAGUUUUGUCUCAAACACAAUAUCCACUUUAUCUGUGAUGAGAUAUAUUAUUUCUCCGUUUACGAUGAAGAAGUAUCAAUAAAGAGUAUCUUAUCCCUGCCAAAUUUCUCCAAAUACAAAGAUAUCAUUCAUGUGGUUUGGGGAUUCAGUAAAGAUUUUGCAUUGUCAGGGUAUCGUUGUGGGAUAGUUAUAACUUACAAUUCUUUCCUUCAGAAUGCAAUCAGCGAAGUGUCUUUAUAUACAGCUUUACCAUCGUGUGCUCAGUACAUACUGGAAGCUUUGAUCUCUGAUUUCGAUUGGAUGGAUAACCUCGCCAAAGUCAAUCAUGAGAGAUUGAAGAAAGCUUUACUUAUCGUCACAAGGACAAUGGAUGACACUGGUGUAAGCUACAUAAAACCUUCAGGCGGUUUGUUUUUAUGGUUAAAUUUUAAAAACCAUCUGAAAUCAGAUUCCGAAGAAGAAGAGAAAAAGUUAUUUGAGUUGUUUAUGCAACAUGGUGUGUAUGUAGCACCUGGAUUUGCAUUUGGUUCAAGAGAACACGGAUGGUUUCGAAUUGUAUUUUCUGUAGGUGAUGAGCAGCUGAAAUUAGCCAUGAAGAGACUAAAAGCUUGUCUUACAGCAUAAAAUGGAUUGAACGAUAAAAUCUUGUAAACCAAUAUUGUUAAUCUCAACAGAGAUUAAUUUUAAAACUGAAUUAUUAUGUGAAGGGCUUCUAACAGCAUUUUGUGUUGCUCUCAAUGAGACGUAUAUUUUCAUUCUUAACCUUUGCGUAAGCAGUUUUUGUUCUAAAUUAGUGCCACAACUCAAUAGUAAUUCAAAAUGUUAAAUUUACUGAUAAUUAUUAAAUAGAAAGGAAGCUAGAGUACUAUGUUCACCAGAUCCUACGACACUGGAAUACUUUUUGAGAUAAAUGAUUAUAUUAUUAUUAUUUUUUAUAUUGGGGCUGUAGGCAUCUAGAUAACUAGCUCUGGUUAAAUAGUAAACGUAGCCAAAUGAAGCCUUAAUGUAGUUAAGUAGCUACCUUUUAUUGCUUUCAUGAAAGUUCAUUUCGCAAA